AUGCAGGACCCCGGCAAGGAGGUGGAGAUCAAGGAGACGGAGGUUAAGGUGGUGGACCGGCGCGAGAACGAGUGGACGGCCGAGUGGGACUGGGCCGAGCGUGAGCGGCGCCGCAACGCCGAGCGCGCCGCGCGCCGCAGGGGGAACGGCCAGGUCCCGGCCGGCGCCGCCGCGGCGGACCACCAGGCGGCGGCAGACGGAGCAGCCGCCCAGGAGCGACAGGACGCCCCAGAUGGCGGUGAGGACCGACGGGCGACGGCAGACGGGGCAGCCGCCCAGGAGCGACAGGACGCCCCAGAUGGCGGGGAGCAGCGACGGGCGGCGGCAGACGGAGCAGCCGUCCAGGAGCGACAGGACGCCCCAGAUGGCGGUGAGGACCGACGGGCGGCGGCAGACGGAGCAGCCGUCCAGGAGCGACAGGACGCCCCAGAUAGCGGUGAGGAACGGCAGGCGGCGGCAGAUGGAGCGGCCGCCCAGGAGCAGCAGGACCUCCCAGAUGUUGGAGAAGAGCGACAGGUGGCGGCAGACGGAGGAGCUGACCACGAGGAGCAAGGAUCCUCCAGUGUCGAACAGCAGCAGCAGGAGGCUGAGGAUGGGGUGGCGCCGCAGCGGCAGGCGACUGAGGUCGAAGCUGCUCUGGAUAAGCAGCAGGAGCCCCGACCCCACCAGCCUCCUCGCAGCAGAGAGUCGGACAGCGAAACUCACAGCGAGCGUGAGGCCAUGGGCGGAGGAGCCUCGGAGCAGCAGCGGGAAGAGGGCAGAGGUGAUGAGGCUCGUGACGGGGAUAAUGCCGAGCAGCGGCCACUUCGUCGUCAGAACGAGUCGGCAAACGAAGCCCAAGGCGAACGCCAACAUCAGGCCUCCCAACAACGGGAGUCUCACCCCGGCGCGGCGAAGGAGGCUGACGACGGCGCGACCGGGAGUGCCAGCGGAGCGGCAGCACUGCCGGCCCACCCGUAACCAGCCCGGCCCGGCCUACCGCGGCCCGCCGCGGCCCGCCGCCCACCGGCUGCUGCGCGGAUCUCGACUAAUAGUCGUCCACUGCGCUGAUCUCAGCCAACAGGCUUC